AACACCUGUCCCUUCUACCACAUCGCUCCAAUAAACUGAAGAUCUAAACCGUGUCCCCUUUCCCCAAUUACAUUCGACCCUGUCAAGCACGCAGAAGCUGAGAGAGAGAGAGCAACACAGAGAACAGAAGAAACGCCGUUAACGCGUCCUUAAAACCGAAGGCUCCUCCUGUCUUUCACAGACAGAACCUCCCCCUCUCCCUCAUCUUCUUCUCCUCCAAAGCUCCAUGCCUCCAAAUCAUGCCCUUCUUCCCAAAAUCCCACCUUUCUGCCAAACUGUUCUUCUCCAUUAGCUCUGAAACCCCUGUUUGAAUGGCUAUUGCAUUCCUCCACAAAGCCCACUGCUUUUUCAUAAACCUCUCUUUCGUCUUCCUGCUCUUCUUCUUCUUCUUCUUCUCCUCCCUCGCAUCUCAGAAACAAUCCAUUCUUCUUUCCUUCUCUCCUUCCCCAAACCCCAACGAUUGCAGAUCACUGGAAUUACUCAACGGCGCCAAAACCAAAUGUUUAUACCUCGAAGCCAGCCAUUCAUGCGACACUAACGGCUACAUCAACUACCUCUACAUCUUCUACUGCGUUUUCGGCUUCUCUCCUCCUCUCGGCCUCAUCAUCCUCGUUCUAUGGCUUCUAAUUCUCCUCUACCUGCUCGGAAACACUGCUUCGCACUUCUUCUGCCCUUCUCUCGAGAACCUCUCCCGCUUGCUCAACCUCUCUCCGACCAUCGCCGGCGUGACGCUUCUUUCUCUCGGCAACGGUGCGCCGGAUGUGUUCGCCACCAUCGUUUCCUUCGACGGCGCCGCCGCGGUGGGUCUCAGCAGCGUUCUCGGCGGAGCCUUCUUCGUCUCCAGCGUCGUUGUGGGCGUCAUCAGCAUCUGUUGCUCUUCCCGCCGCCGGGUGGUGGCCGUCGAUUGCAUGGGGUUCAUCAGAGACCUCUGUUUCAUUCUCAUCGCCCUCUUCUUCCUCCUUCUAAUCCUCUCUUUCGGGAAAGUUUACAUCUUUUCAUCACUAAUCUUCGUUUCGCUGUACAUUCUCUAUAUUAUCGUGGUUUCCACGAGCGAUUGUUGCAGGAAGGAGCUGGAAGAGCUGGGAGCUCCUUUGUUGGAGUCUAUUGAAGUGGAGCAAACCACUGUGCAGACUCAGGAGAUCAAACAAGUUGUAAAGUUCUCUCCUUUAUUAAAUUGGGCACUGUUCUUAAUCGAGCUUCCACUCUAUCUCCCAAGAAGAUUAACAAUACCAGUUGUGACAGAAGAAAAUUGGUCAAAACCAUUUGCAGUAUCUUCCAUGAUUCUAGCACCAAACCUUCUUGCAAUUCUAUGGAAUUCUCGAAAAGGGGACAUGGAUUUAGAAGAAAGCAUCUUAGUCUUCCUCCUCGCAGCCUUGAUCGGAAUGGUUCUAGGCAUCAUUGCCAUCAAACAAACUGAAUCCUCCCGACCACCAAAGCUUCUGCUUCCAUGGCUGACAGCAGGAUUUCUGAUGAGUGUAGUCUGGACUUACUUAGUGGCAGGGGAGCUGGUUUCUCUUCUGGUAUCUAUAGGACAUAUACUUGGAAUAAGUCCAUCAGUGCUUGGAGUUACUGUUUUAGCUUGGGGAAACUCUCUCGGAGACCUUAUAUCUAAUGUCGCCAUGGCUGUAAAUGGAGGAGAGAAUGGAACUCAGAUUGCUAUUGCUGGAUGCUACGCAGGUCCAAUCUUCAAUAUAUUGUUUGGAUUAGGACUGUCACUCGUUCUCUCCGCAUGGGCUUCUUAUCCUUCUCCUUUCCUGGUUCCUAACGACUCCUCUCAGUUUGUGAUUAUAGGAUUUCUUACCGGGGGUUUGCUGUGGGCAAUGGUGAUUCUGUUGAGGAAGAAGAUGAAGCUGAGUAGGAGUUUGGGUGUUGGUCUCAUAGCUAUUUACUCCUGUUUUCUUUGUCUGAGACUUCUGGGGAGCCUGCAAGUGAUUGAAUUGUGAGUUUUCUAACAUGUUUAGGAUUCAGAAAUUAUUAGUGGAGCUUAGCUCAUGAUUGUAUUAUAUGAUGAUUUGUGUAUUUUUAUUCUGUAUCAUCUCGCUGUGAAGUUAAUGAAACCAUGAAUGGAUUAAGUUUAAUACAUGUAGAAAUUUGUGUGUAAACAUGACAUUUUACAGUGAUU